ACUAAAUCACCAACUUCUACUUCGCAGCAAUUCCUAAAUGGUGCACUCACCGUCGCCCUUCCAACCAUAGGAAAAGAUCUGAAUUUUCUGCACAUAAACCGCGUUUUGAUUGCCCCUGUCGUGUUUUGCAGCUUGGUGUAUGGUUGCCUGUUGCUUUUCUUCGGGCGGUUGGGCGAUAUAGUAGGGGCCCGGACCAUGUUCGUUGCAGGCUCCCUAUGGUGUUCCGUAUGGGCCAUUGCCAGUGCAUUCACACCUAAUGUUCCAUCUUUCAUCAUCUUUGUGGCACUGCAAGGCGCAGGCGCGGCCACCAAUACUCCAGGCUCCAUCCGCGCCCUAACCUCACACUUUCCGCCAGGAAACAGACGAAGCCAAGCCUUUGGGAUAUUGGGUGCAGGACAGCCUAUUGGAUUCAUUCUUGGCCUCAUUGCCGGCGGCCUGCUUGCCAGUGAUGGUGCCACUUGGCGUGCAAUAUUCUACAUUCAAGCCGGGCUCACAUUCAUGUUCUCUGUCCUCGGUUUCGUCGCAAUCGAAAAGGACGAGGAAAAGUCUAAACGGUAUACCAAAGGACUGGACUGGUGUGGCACUGUUCUCAGUACGGUCGCGAUAGUGCUCUUAACCUACAGCCUCUCAGAAUCGACGUCGGCAAAACGUGGCUGGAGGACUCCUCAGAUUCCUUCUCUCUUCUCAGUCUCUCUCCUCGGUUUGGGUUGCUUCGUGCUUUAUCAGAGAUGGCGAGAUUCGAAGGGUCGUUCGGUGCUGGUGCCAUUCAGGUUACUGAACCAUCCGGAGUCAAAGUUGGGAAGCAUGACCCUUCUGGUGUUCUUUGCCUGGUCUCGCAGGUUCACUUUCAAUUCUCUGCUAUACUGGAUCACCCUUUACUUUCAACAGGUGAACUUAUUGACGCCAAUGCAGACAGCAGUGCGCUUCAUCCCGGUUGCGAUCUCGGGUAUCGUAGUGAACACCCUGACGGGCUUCGUGAUGAAUCGCGUCUCCGGAUACAUCAUUAUGGGCAUCGGUCUACUUGCAUCCAUCGUACCACCGAUGAUAUUCGCUUUCCUGAAUGGCAACUCUCCGUAUUGGACGAUGACGCUCUUCAUCUUGAUCUCCGUCGUCGGUUCAGAUGCAGUAUAUCCAGUCGGGAAUCUCCACUGUUGCUCCGCCUUCAACGAAGACUCUCACGCCCUCGCAGGCGCGUUGUUCAACGUCGCCAUCAGGAUCGGCACCUCCCUCGGCCUCUCCAUCACCUCGAGCAUAUCGACCUCCGUCUCCGGGCACUACCUUCGCACCCACACCCACUCAGAACUGUCCGCAAGCUCCCCCGAAGUACUCAUGGCGGGCUUCAGAGCUGCGGGCUGGACCUGUUGUGCGGCAUCGGGAGUCAGUUUUUUGAUCGCACUCGUGCGAUUUCGGGGGAUCGGGAUCGUAGGG